AUGCCAUCUUACUUGGUGACAGGCGCCAACCGUGGCCUUGGAUAUGGUUUUGUGAAGUAUCUGGCCAAAACUCCAGAGAAUGUCAUCAUCGGGCUUGUCCGAGACAAAGCUGCCGCAGAUAAGUCUGUUGCUGCAGAUGGCCUCAAGAACGUCACCAUGAUCCAGGCCGAAAUCGCCGACCACAAGUCGCUGUUGACCGCCAGAGAAAAAGUGGCUCAAAUCACCGGUGGCUCCCUUGACUAUUUGAUCAACAACGCGGCGCUCAUCGACACAACAACUCAGGGCAGAGGACUCGACGACUUCGAAGAUGCACCCGAAGUCCUGGACAAAGGCCUAGUCGACUCGUUCAACGUCAAUGUCGUGGCAGUGAUCCACACCAUCAACGUCUUCCUCCCGCUCAUCAAAAAAGGAUCUGCAAAAAAGGUGGUCCUCAUCUCCAGUGGAAUGGCUGAUCCAGAUCUUGUCAACUCAGGGGUCUUUGCCGAUGGGCCUUACACCAUCAGCAAGGCUGCAGCAAAUAUGGCGAUAUUCAAAUACAACGCCAAGUACAAGAAGGAAGGCAUUUUGUUCUUUGCCAUCUCGCCCGGCGUCGUAGCAACCUGGCCGGAGGGAACACCAGAGCCUCCAGUGAUCGAAUCAUUCAGGCAGGGGAAUCCGGGUUGGAAAGGACCUCUGACUCCUCUGGAAUCGGCCGAGGCUUGUCUGAAGGUGAUACAUGAUUUCAACGCCGAAGAAAAUGGUGGCGCUUUUGUGUCUCACUGGGGCAACAAGCAGUGGUUGUGA